AUGAGGGGUCUGGUAUCCUUAUUGCCACUACUGGCUGCGGCCAGUGUUGGAGCCCUGCCUGCCUCAGGAAAUGCGUCUUCUGGAACGGCUGCGGCGACAUUCGCCAAGACGGACGGUCUGUUCUUUAACAUUGAUGGAGAGACCAAGUACUAUGCCGGAACGAACUGCUAUUGGUGUGGCUUCUUGACAUCAGACGAGGACGUCGACAAGGUUUUCUCGGAUAUGGCUGCAGCCGACCUCAAGGUCAUACGAGUUUGGGGGUUCAACGACGUGAACAAGAUUCCCGAGGAUGGAACCGUGUACUACCAGUACUUGACUGCAAAUGGAUCAGAGAUCAACACGGGCUCAAAUGGCCUUGAGCGACUGGACGCCGUCGUUUCCGCUGCCGAAACACACGGGCUGAAGUUGAUUAUCAACUUUGUGAACAACUGGAGCGACUAUGGAGGCAUUGCGGCCUAUGUGUCUGCCUUCGGUGGAUCAGCUACGACGUGGUUCACCGACGAGACCUCUCAGGCUCAGUACCAGAAGUACAUUGAUGCGGUUGUCAGCCGAUACAAAGAAUCGACCACAGUCUUUGCUUGGGAGCUAGCCAACGAGCCGAGAUGCAGCGGAUGCGAUGGGUCCGUUAUUUACAACUGGGCCAAGACUACCUCAGAAUACAUCAAGUCUCUGGAUUCAAACCACAUGGUCACGAUUGGAGAUGAGGGCUUCGGACCCGUGGCCGGAGGUGAUGGCAGCUACCCGUUCACAACAUCAGCGGGUGGUUAUACUUGGGCCGACAAUAUGAACAUCACCACUCUGGACUUCGCUACCUUCCACCUGUAUCCCGACAGCUGGGGCCAACCUUAUGAGUGGGGGAGCCUUUGGGUGUCGACUCACGGUGAUGCCUGCGCAGCUGCUGGUAAGCCAUGCCUAAUGGAAGAAUACGGCGGUGAGAACAACUGCACCAUCGAGAACCCGUGGCAAAAGACUGCUCUCAACACCUCCGGAAUUGCUGCCGAUCUCUUCUGGCAAUAUGGCGACACUCUCCCUAGCACUGGGAGCCAAACUUCCCAGGACGGCAACACUGUGUUCUAUAAAGAGGGCAACUGGGACUGCAUGGUCACUGAUCAUGUCAAUGCUAUCAAUGCUCUCUACCCCUGA